AUGGCGGAUUUACUAUACCCGCAAGGCUCCUUGCGUUACUUCUUCUUCCAUGGAAACCAUGGGGACGUCCCUAUCCCUGAAACCGUGACGGUCGAAGCAAAAAUCGUGGCUUUCACCGGGCAGGGUCAAAUUCUUUUCGGCGAAAACUUCGAGAAUAACCCUUCGGUUUACCAUUUCACCAACGGGGUUUACAAAGGCGAUGGCCAGAACGAACGCCCUCUUCCUGCAUCCCAUUUUACAGAAAGACUUCUAAAGAAUGUCUCCGUGCCUACACUUGUUUUGGCUGAAACCCCGAACCACUGCAUGGGAAAUGACUUUGAGACGCCGGAUCCUUUCAUCUACAUGUAG